GACGUUGUGAACUCGGCUCAGGAGCCUGGAGGAGAAGGGGGCAAGAUGGCGGCUUACCUGACCCACAGUCAGAAGGUGCUGCGGCUGUAUAAGAAGGCGCAGCGGCACACGGAGUCCUGGGUGGUACACAGAGCUGAAGUCCGCUACCAGGCCUGUCUCCUGAGAGCUCGCUUUGAGGAGCAUAAAGAUGAGAAUGAUAUGGUGAAAGCCACCUUGCUGCUGAAGGCUGGAGAAGAAGAAUUCCACAGACGUCGGCACCCCAUGCCAUACAUCUUCCCCGACUCCCCGGAUGGGACCUGCUAUGAGAGAUACGAUUGCUACAAGCUUCCAGAGUGGGUCCUGGACUUCUGGCACCCAUCGGAGAAGGCCAUGUACCCGGACUAUUUUGCAAAGCGGGAGGAAUGGAAGAAACUGCGAGAGGAGAGUUGGGACCGUGAGGUUCAGCAGCUGAUGGCGGAGACCCCACCUGAAGGACCACACACUGAAGCUCUGCCACCAGCCCGUAAGGAGGGCGAUCUUCCUCCAUUUUGGUGGGAGUAUGUGACCCGAUCUCGCCAUAAACCUGUUUAAAGAGCCAGCUGGAUGUCGUAUCUGCCUGACACAAGGGAUGUGUCUAAACAUUUAAAUUGCUCUAUUUUUUUGCAGCAUGUAAUUUUGUGUUACAACUCCACUUUAAUCACCAAUAUCUAUUAAACAACUUGAACCCUAAAGAAA